CUCGUCAUCGUAUGUCCCUCGACCUUGACUGGUCGCUCCUAGAUGCGCAACUAGCCGACUCGCUCCUCGCAAAGCUCAAUGCGUCCCUCAGCAAGGCCCCCCGUCCAGACUUCAUCGGGCCCAUCUCUCUGACGUCCCUCGACUUCGGGCAGGACCCGCCGGAUGUGACGCUCACCCAUCUGGGAGAUGUGUGGAGAGAGCUCAGCGAUGAGGCUACGGCGGCCGCCUCGCAGCAGCAGGCAGCUACCGAGACUACUGCGGUGAGGCAUGUGGCUGCGCAGGCCUUUGAGGAUGAGGCGGAGGAUGACGAGGGAGACGUCAUUGCGCCAGGGGAGCAGGGAUACAGAGGCCAAGGGCCGCAGCCGAUGCGCAAGAGAUUGCAGCCUGGAGAUCAUCUCGCUAGGCUAGCAGAGCAUUCCUUACCAUUCACAGGGCCAGGUGUUGUCGGUCCCCGCCUGCAGACGUUCCGUCAGUACACGCCGAGCGAUAUCCAACAAGUCCAUGGCGGUGCGGCUGGAUCUAUGGCGAGUUUCCCAGCAUCGAUACCGCAAUGGGCCAAUGGUGGUCCAGGAUCAGCAUCAGGCAGCGGUCUGACUACACCUGCUUGGGGAGCGGGAUUAGGUACCCGUCCAUGGCCACAGCGAUCGCAAACGGGGAGCGGAGGUGUCGUCCCACCGAGUCCGUACUACAGUGGCAUGCACACUCCCAAUACGUCCGGGUACUUCGGUCAUUGGCCCGGCGCAUUACCACCAAAUCAUCAGCAACAGCAGCCAUAUCGACGUCCAACUUACUGGCGAGCAUCUCAGAGCGGCCUGUCGGCAAGCAGGUCACCACCUGCCUGGGGUCCUUCGACUGGAGAUCCUUCACCUGCCGAUACGCCGGGAGGAUCUAAAGGGCCGCAAGACCCUUCGUCGUCGUCGUCAACAUCCCAACUACCCUCUAUGCAAAUGCAAUUCUCCGUCGUCUGGUCGACCAACACGCUCAAGCUAGGCAUCAAUACUUCCCUCGUCAUCAACCACCCAACACCCGCGUUCAUGCAACUGCCACUCAGCGUGUCGGUCAUUGGUUUGGGCGUGCAGGCGGGCGUGGUAGUGGCAUUUGAGGAGGGAGACGAGGAUAGAGGAACAAUGAGAAGGGUCCAUGUCUCCCUGGUAGAGGACGAGAGCGGCAUUGGAACGGACGAGGGGAGUGAUGAUGUGGACGAUGAUGAGCUGGAGGGCGGAUCGAGGCGUCGUGAGGGGACCAGUGAUACCAUCAUCGCAUCGGGUCAGGCGACGACAACAGCAGCGGCAGCUACAUCAGCACGAGGGCUUCGCACGCCGCCGCAAUACGGGUCACGGCGCACCAGUCACACCCAGCCUCCUCCGCCUAUCCACCCACAUCAACAGCGACCCCCAACAGUAGGUGAGCGUCUCCUCCCUCACGUCACGCUCGAGUCUUCGGUUGGACAAGUGGAUAAGCAUGGGCUGCGCAAUGUGGGAAAGGUGGAGAAGUUUAUCGUCGAGGUGCUCAGGAAGGCAGUGGAGGACGAGCUCGUCUGGCCCAACUUCUAUACCAUUGCGCUGCCUGCGAGUGCGCCGGCGGGGCCUAAGCGGGAGGAGAGGACGAGAAGACGGCCAUCGUCGCCAUCGUUGUCAAAUGGGUCGCUCUAAUAUCAUUACGCAUAAAGUCGUGGUCA